AUGAAGCCGUUCAAGCCUUUCAAGCCCCUCUCAGUCGCCGGAAGAGUCAACACGCUCAAUGGCCCGCCACCACCCAAGAAACGACGCCUGUCCGAGUCCGAGGACGACGAGCCUCUGCUGCGCGCUGCACCCGCAAACCGAAAGCCGCUGAUUGACACACACAAUCCUACACCGCCUCAAACACCUCCAGUAGACUCCAGUAGCAGCUACUACACGGUGUUAUGGCGAAAGUAUACCACGAAGAAGAACAAGACAUGGGACGGUGACGGCGUGCUGGCUGUGGUGAACGGCUAUGGUGUUCUCACGGACAGCGACUCGGGCAAGGAGAUGGGUAAAGGGGUGUGCAAUCGACCGCUCCUCCCUGGUUCGGCGCUGUCAAUUGGUGGCAAGGAGCUUGAAAUCGAUGGUGUCAUUGACAAGAAGGACUAUCUGUCCGGUCGCAUGUUCAUGGGCAAGGCGGCAGCUACACCGGUCGAGCAGACGACCAAGCGCGUGGAACCUGGGUACAGGCCACUAUCUGCGAGCAAGCCGCUGCCCACCAGCAAGUCCAAGGUGAAGAGGACCGAGUCUUCGAGCAGCGCUAAGAGCGCGGUUCCCGAGUACACUCCAUCCUUGAACAGGAAGCAGCAGUUCAAGACACCACUGCUGUCCAACACAGUGCUUCCGCAGCGCAACUAUCCGAUACCCACACCUCGCCACGACCCGAACACGCUGAACGCGCUGGUCAUGAAGCGGCCUACAAUAGUACCCAAGGGGAAGCAAAUUGUGGAUGUUGUUGUCGAUCCCGUGCUGAGCAAACACUUAAGAGACCACCAACGGGAAGGCGUUAAGUUUCUGUACGAAUGUGUGAUGGGCAUGCGAAGUGAGGGCGAAGGUGCCAUCAUGGCUGACGAGAUGGGCCUUGGAAAGACUUUGCAGACCAUCACCCUGCUUUGGACGCUUCUCAAGCAGAACCCGAUCCACGACAGCCCACCAGCUAUCACAAAGGCGCUCAUCGUAUGUCCAGCUGGUCUGGUUGACAACUGGAAGCGUGAGUUUCGCAAGUGGCUCGGCAACGAGAGGAUUGGAGUCUAUGUCGCUGACGCGAAGAACAAGAAGAUCGCCAACUUCACCAUGGGCAAAGCCUACAACGUCCUGAUCAUCGGAUAUGAGAUGCUUCGGACCGUGCAGGAAGAGCUCAAGAAGGGCGCAGGUGUCGACAUCGUUAUUGCAGAUGAGGGCCAUCGCUUGAAGACUGCGAACAACAAGUCCAUGCAGGCUAUCCAGUCACUCAAUACCGAGCGACGCAUCAUCCUGUCUGGCACGCCGCUGCAGAACGAUUUAGGCGAGUUUUACACUGCGAUCGACUUUGUCAACCCCGGUCUUCUCGGUCAGCGAGCUGCUUUCAAGCGUGCAUUCGAAGCGCCCAUUCUUCGGAGCCGUCAGCCAGACGCGAGCGUGUCAGAGCUGGAGAAGGGCGAGGCACGAUGGCAGGAACUAGUGUCUUUGACCAGCAAGUUCAUGAUACGGCGUACCGCGGAUGUAUUGUCGAAGUAUCUGCCCCCAAAGACAGAGCACAUCGUUUUCUGCAGACCGACGAAAGCCCAAGCUGAGGCUUACCGUAACAUCUUGGCCUCACCUCUGUUCACCGCAGCUUAUGGCAACAUGGACAUGGCCCUGCAGCUGAUUACCAUCUUGAAGAAAGUCUGCAACAGUCCAUCGCUGCUGAAGUCAAAGAAGGACAGCGACGGUAAAGAGUCGGAGACAAUAGAAUCCAUUCUCCCGCUGAUUCCACCGCACAUCCUGAACUCGCACGCUUCGAGCACCAAGCUGCGUCUGCUUGACAGCCUUGUGCAUCGCCUGUACACCACUACAGAAGAAAAGAUCGUCAUCGUUUCGAACUACACGAUGACUCUCGACAUGAUCGAGCGACUGUUGACUUCAUUGUCGUACACCUAUCUGCGCCUGGAUGGAAGUACCCCAGCAAGCAAGCGACAAGGCCUCGUCGAGAAGUUCAACAAGACCUCCAAAGCCACAAAUUUCGCCUUCCUCCUCUCCGCCAAAUCCGGUGGUGUCGGUCUCAACCUCAUCGGCGCAUCACGCAUCGUACUCUUUGACAUCGACUGGAACCCCGCCACCGAUUUGCAGGCCAUGGCCCGCAUCCACCGCGAUGGUCAGAAGCUGCCCUGCAAAGUCUACAGGUUCCUUGUCCAAGGCGGUCUUGAUGAGAAGAUCUACCAGCGCCAAGUCAUGAAAAUGGGGCUCGCUAAUGCUGUUGUUGAUAACAAACAGUCCGCAUCAUCUUUCUCCAGAGAUGAAUUGCGCGAUUUGUUCCGCUUGGACGAUCGCGAGACAUGUCAGACGCAUGAUCUGCUCGGUUGCACGUGUGACUGCACGGGUGCUCCCGAGGUCAGGCUUGAGGAAUCUAUCGAUGUUGACGAAGAUGAUGACAGCGAUGACGACAGGCCGCUUCUGCCUGGCUUGAAGAAGGCGAGCGAGGUUAAUAUUGAGGAGCAGGAGGCGGAGAUUGAGAGUCGUCGGAAGGCGAAAAUGCCGAAGCUGAGGAUGCUGAUGGAGUAUCGACAUAUUGAUGCGAAGCACCUGCGUGGAGAUGGGGAAGAUGGUGUGGACAUGGAAGAGCUGGCCGUUGCGGUGGAUGAUGAUGUGUUCCUUGAGACGUUGAAGCAGAGUGAGAGUAACGUCGGGUUCUUGUUGACGAAAUCGAGUUCUUAG